CUCAAUCCAUAGUUCUUUCUUAGAUCUUUUGAAGAAGAAGAACAGUUACAGUUUUUGGAUCAUCUUUGCUCUAGAGGUUUUUGCGUUUUCCGAGCAAUGGAUCGUUUUGGAGCAUGGUGGUGGUCGUCUGUGAUAGCAGUGCUGCUGCUGGGCCUGGAAGCAAACGCCCAGCUCUCCAGUUCCUUCUACUCCAGCACUUGCCCCAAUCUCACCGAUAUCGUGAGGAACGUAAUCCAGUCGGCUGUGGCCAACGAGAAUCGAAUGGCGGCAUCGAUCCUUCGCCUCCACUUUCACGACUGCUUCGUUAACGGCUGUGAUGGAUCAGUGCUCCUCCAGGGCGGGGAGGAGAACGCUCCCCCCAACCAACGCUCCGCCAGAGGAUUCGAAGUCAUCGAUAGCGUCAAGAGCGCCGUGGAGAGCGCCUGCCCGGGAGUCGUCUCCUGCGCCGACAUCCUCGCACUGAGCGCCCACGAAUCCGUCACAGCACUGGGAGGACCCUCGUGGACAGUGGUGUUUGGCCGACGAGACAGCCUCAGCCCCGCGAGCGUGGCCGACGUGAGCGCCAACCUCCCGGGACCAGGAUUCACGGCAUUGCGUCUCAUCAGAAGCUUCCAGAACCAAGACCUCUCCCCGCGCGACCUGGUGGCUCUCUCGGGAGGCCACACCAUCGGCCAGGCCCAGUGCUUCACAUUUCGCGCUCGCCUCUACAAUGGCACCGCGGGAGACAGCAUCGAUCCGGCGCUCAAGUCCCGGCUCGAGCAAAACUGCCCCCCAAGCGCUCCAAACGGCGACAGGAACUUGGAGAACCUAGACACCUCUCCCGCCACCUUUGAUAACACGUACUUCCAGUUGCUCCAGUCAACGCAGGGAUUACUCUUCUCUGACCAGCAGCUCCUGUCGGGCGGUCAGAGCGAGCUGGCCAGCAUGGUCAACGAGUUUGCGGGCGACCAGCAGGCAUUCUUUACCGCGUUUGCCAAUGGGAUGGUGAGCAUGGGCAACCUUUCGCCUCUCACGGGGAGCAGUGGUGAGAUCCGAGCAACCUGUCGCUCCUCAAACAUGAUCGCAUUUGACAAUCGGGGCAGCUCACUUCCAUCGCACGGAAUUUGGACAAGUCACCAGCAAGAAACAGGAAGUAAUCGGGAACAUGUUCUUACAUCCUCUGGUGUUAUAUAUCAAGCCGCAUCCCUGUCAGGCAUAUACAAGCGUUUGAGCGAAGAAAGAAAAAAAGGAAACGAUCGUCUCGCUUCGCUCGCUUGUCAUUCCAAACUCUUUUCAGGAGGUCCGGGUCCGAUGGCGUAUAGUCGAGCGGCAGCGUGGUCGUGUUUGAUUGCUGUGAUGCUGCUAGGAUUCCAAGCCAAUGCUCAGCUCAGCUCUUCCUUUUACUCGAGCACCUGUCCCAACCUCAUUUCCAUUGUCCGAACCGCCAUCAGCAAUGCUGUCAACAGAGAGAACAGGAUGGCGGCAUCCAUUCUCCGUCUCCACUUUCACGAUUGCUUUGUAAACGGCUGUGAUGCAUCGAUUCUUUUGGAUGGAUCCAGUGGAGAAAAGAACGCAGGGCCAAACGUGAACUCUGCCCGAGGCUUUGAUGUCAUUGACAAUGUCAAGGCCGCGGUGGAGAGCUCCUGCAAAGGCGUUGUUUCGUGUGCCGACAUUCUCGCACUCAGCGCGAGGGAAGCCGUUGUUGCGCUUAGAGGACCGUCUUGGACUGUUGUCUUUGGGCGACGAGAUAGCACAACUUCGAGCCAGAGCACUGCAAACUCGGCAAUCCCCCCACCAUCGUCCACUGCCUCGAGGCUCAUUACCAGCUUCCAGAACCAAGGCCUCUCAACUCAAGAUCUCGUAGCGCUGUCUGGCAGUCACACCAUCGGCCAGGCCCAGUGCACCAACUUCCGGGCUCGCCUGUACAAUGGCACUUCAGGUGACACCAUUGACGCAUCAUUCAAAUCGAACCUGGAGAGGAACUGCCCGAGCACCGGAGGGAACUCGAAUCUUGCGCCUCUGGAUCUUCAGACUCCGGUCACCUUCGACAACCUCUACUUCAAGAAUCUGCAGGCUCAGAAAGGCCUCUUAUUCUCGGACCAGCAGCUGUUCUCCGGCGGCCAGAGUUCUCUUAUGUCGACUGUCAACACUUACGCCAACAACCAGCAAGCGUUCUUCAGUGCUUUCGCAACUGCCAUGGUAAAGAUGGGAAACAUCAAUCCGCUCACAGGAUCAAACGGCCAAAUUCGAGCAAACUGCAGGAAGACAAACUAA